AGUCGUGAGGAAACCUUCAAGUGGUGAAGUGUGCUAAAAGAAAAUACAUCUCAUAUGAUUUAGCAUCGUAUCUCAGUGAUAAGAUUGCCCAAAAGAAUUUUCCUUUUUUGUGAUACGAAUUACGACAAAGUGAGAGUUUCAAGUGAGAUUUUUUCUUUAGGGAUUCUCAUUCAUUGUCGAGAUUUAGAAGAAAUAGCAGUAGAAUUUUUAGUGAAAAUGACGAUUGGUUUUGAGGAGAAUGAACCUCUUCUCAAUGUAGAUACACAGAAUAAAACCUCAUUUUCGUACCCAGAUCUCUCAGAGAGCAAUGGCCGCAAAGCUUCUUACGGAGCAGUCAAGAUCACAGUUCCGCGGGACACAUCACGAGAUAUCAUCUACACAUGGGAGGGAAUUGAUGUGUUCGGUGAGGUGGCUUCACAGAAAGGGAAUGGAGUUUUCUCGCGGAUACGCCAAUGUUUUAGGGGUAAAUCUCAUACUCCCAUGCGAACAAGAAAGCAUCUGCUGAAGAAUGUCUCGGGAUUCGCUCGAGGCGGGGAACUUUUGGCCAUUUUGGGCAGUUCUGGAGCUGGAAAGACAACUCUUCUGAACACAUUGGCUUUCAGGUCACCCUCUGGCAUUCAUAUAUCUUCAAAUGCUGUUAGGGCACUCAAUGGAGUUCCUCUAACAGCUCCUGAUCUCAGGGCUAGAUGUGCCUAUGUGCAACAGGAUGAUCUUUUCAUAGGCUCCCUCACGGCCAGGGAACAUUUGAUAUUUCAAGCUUUGCUGCGAAUGGAUAAGAAUAUUCCCUACAAACAGAAGCUGAUGCGCGUGGAUGAAGUCAUCACAGAGUUGUCACUGGUAAACUGCCAGAAUACGGUUAUUGGAAUUCCUGGAAGGAUCAAGGGACUUUCAGGUGGCGAGAAGAAGCGACUGUCUUUUGCCUCAGAGGCUCUAAUGGAUCCACCUUUGCUUCUCUGUGAUGAACCAACUUCCGGAUUGGACUCAUUCAUAGCUCAUACAGUCAUGCAGGUGCUGAAGAAUCUUGUUGAGAAGGGCAAAACUGUUAUCCUGACAAUCCAUCAGCCUUCGUCGGAACUCUACAGCAUGUUCGAUAAGCUGCUUCUCAUGGCUGAUGGUCGAGUAGCUUUCUUCGGAACUCCUUCUCAAGCUACCCAGUUCUUUACAAGUAUCGGAAGACCCUGCCCACCGAACUACAAUCCUGCUGAUCAUUUCAUUCAAGUACUGGCCAUUUGUACGUGCAACGAGGCUGAAAGUCGGGAAGCAAUCAAUAAAAUUUGUGAUGCUUUUGAGCGUGAUGAUAUUGCUGCGGAAGUUAAGACAACCAUAAAAGACCUCACGUGCAGUGAUGGUCUUCCUGCGGUCAUGAAUUCUGACAGUGAACGCUACCGUGCACCUUGGAUUAUUCAAAUCAGAGCAAUUCUCUGGCGCUCAUGGAUAAGCAUGAUGAAAGAACCACUACUCAUCAAAGUUCGUUUUAUUCAAACAUUGAUGGUGGCCUUUCUGGUGGGACUGAUCUUCUUCCAGCAAAAGUUAGAUCAAAAUGGCGUAAUGAACAUUAAUGGAGCUAUUUUUCUCUUCCUCACCAGCAUGACUUUCCAGAAUGUUUUUGCUGUUAUUCAUGUCUUUUGCGCCGAACUCCCAGUAUUUUUGCGAGAAACAAGGAGUCAUCUCUAUCGAACAGAUACAUUUUUCCUAGGCAAGACUUUGUCCGAACUCCCGCUUUUCAUAAUCUUCCCCAUUAUUUUUACCUCAAUUGCCUAUCCUAUGGUCGGUCUCUUGGCGGGAUUCGAUCACUAUGCCCUAGCAGUACUCAUCAUGGCUCUUGUGUCCAAUGUGGCUAUUUCCUUUGGUUACCUCAUCUCUAGCCUCAGCUCCUCUACUUCCAUGGCACUGUCCAUAGGGCCUCCAGUUAUUAUACCUUUCCUUCUCUUUGGCGGUUUCUUCCUAAAUUCCGCUUCUGUACCCUUCUACUUUGAAUGGUUCUCCUACUUGUCAUGGUUCAGAUACGGCAAUGAAGCUCUCCUCAUAAACCAAUGGGCUUCUGUACAGACCGGAGAAAUUGCCUGCACUCGCGCCAAUAUCACAUGUCCAGCUUCAGGAGCUAUCGUUCUCGAAACACUCAACUUUAAAGCGGAGGACUUUCUUUUCGACAUCAUCGGAUUAUGUUUUCUUAUUGUGUUCUUCAGAGUCAUGGCAUUUAUAUCGCUUUAUUUGAAAGCGAGAAGCCGAGAGUAGAUUAUUUUAAAUUUUCUUAGCAAUUAAAUGUGAAAAUUUUGCUUUUUCAUCAUAAAGUUUCAUAGAGCAAUAAAAUAUUUUUAAUCGUGA